AAGCCCAAGCAUUCAGCACUCACAAACAAGCUCCCUCUCUCUCCAGAAACACACACACACACACGCGCACGCACAAAACAGUCCCUUACCUGUAGCUGCUAGUUUUCUUCCUCUUUUCUUCCAGUUUCAAGCCUCUUUUAGGAAGAGGAAUGAAUUACAAUUUCCCCUCAGCUAUGAACAGUUCACCAAACCCAAAUCCAUCCAUACCAGAAGUUGGAUAUAGAUUUCAUCCAACCAAUGAAGAAUUAGUUUGUAAUUAUUUGAAGCCAAAGAUACUGGGUGAUGAAGUGGAAGACUUGUCAAUCAUGCCGGUGGUUCAUGUUUGCAAGCAUGAACCCUCGGAGUUACCUGAUAAAUCAAACAUAAAGUCAAAGGACGCGGUAUGGUAUUUCUUCUGCCCUCGCGAUUUUAAGUAUUUAAACAGCGGACGUUAUAACCGGAGAACAAAGCUCGGGUUUUGGAAACCAACCGGAAAAAAUCUUAAAAUAAGAUUUAUGGGUACCAAGAAGGUGAUUGGUACAAGGAAGACUUUGGUUUUCUAUACAAAGUCUAGUCCUAAACCAAUAAGGACUGGAUGGAUCAUACAUGAAUACGAAUAUAUCUCUGAUUUAAGCCUCUCUAACCAGGGGGGAUAUGUUCUCUGUAAAUUGAAGAAAAAACCAGAUGUGAAGACCACCAAAGGUGAACCAAAUCACCAUAUGGUCUCGAUCUCUGAUUUCGAAGCUGCACCGAACUGCAGUAUUGAAGGCGAAUGCGGGCCUUCGAUGGAGAUGCCUUCUAAGUUUAUAAAUCACUCAACCCAUGGUUACGGAGAGAGUAGCCUACUGGAUUUAGAUUUUGAUAAUCCAAAUCUGGACAUAUCAGCCCCCGAUGAAGGUGAAUGGAAUUCUCUUACGGUACUGCCUUCGGGUUUGGAAAAUGGAAAUCCGUGGGAGAAGACUGAAGAAGGUUGUUUGCGUUCCUCAGUGGUUUCACCAGAAAAUAGUCCAACAGAUGCUUUGCUUCCUGACCUUUCACAGCUAAUCCCUCAUCUACGGGCAGAGCUGAAAGCAUUAAUCUCGGAGCUAGAAAACAACCUUCGUUCUCCAUUUCAGCCAGCUGCGUCUGUGAGCACUGAGGAAAUCCCGUUUCACAUGGGCUUCGAUGCCCCCGUGUCUACCUGAACAGAUCUGUUCCUGUCAAUAUCUGUGUCCUUAAGUUGCUAUUUGAGUAUUUGUAACAUAUUUGUACUGAAGAAUAAAGUUACUUUAUGGCCAAUGCUGCCAAUUUAUAUUCCUAAAUCUGCUACCGAGGCAACUUAUGUUGCUGCAGUUGUUUAGAUCCUUGCGUGGUAGGUCUUCUGCACAUUUCUCACUGUCUUUAUGGUGGAUGCUUCUGAGUUCGACUUUAUCCAGUCCGUGCAGCUUCAGGAUGCUAAUCUCUGAAGUACAGAUGCCCUGCAAUGUCCACGGCUGAAAGCUUUUACAACCAGUAGUAGAAGAUGGAAGUAUUGUCUUAGAAUUCUGAUGCGAUUGUUGUCCAGUACUGAAGUUGUUAAAUUGAAAUUACUAUGUAAUUUCUAUAUACAGUUAGCCGGUUCUUAUA